AUGAUCAUACUAUCCAGAUGGGGCUUCGCCAGGCCUAUCUCCCUCUCUUCGUGCUCCUACAGCUUGAGGAGGUAUGCUUCCAAAGCCAAGGCGAUAGAAGGUGAAAACGAAUGGGAGACGAUAAUAGGAUUGGAGAUUCAUGCUCAGCUGAAAACAGGUAGAAAGUUAUUCUCGCCCGCUUCGACAUCAUACGGUGAAGUACCAAAUACAAACGUCAAUUUACAUGAUGCUGCUUUCCCCGGCACUUUACCUGUCCUUGAUCUGCAUGCGGUCAGAUUGUCGUUGAUCACUGCUCUGGCGCUGAAUUGUCAAAUCAAUCGACGAUCAACAUUCGAUAGGAAACAUUACUUCUAUCAUGAUAUACCGGCGUCGUAUCAGAUAACACAGCAUUAUAAUCCACUCGCGAGGAAUGGUAAAUUACAGAUAUCUCAAGGCGAGAACAAUGUCAAGAGAACUUUCGAUGUGGGGAUACAUCAAUUGCAGAUUGAACAGGAUACAGCUAAAAGUCAGACUGUUGGAGACAACACACUCGUCGAUCUCAAUAGAGCAGGAACAGGAUUGAUGGAAAUCGUUACUAAACCAGACAUGAGAUCAGCAGAAGAAGCUGGUGCAUUCGUAAGGAAAUUACAAGGUCUACUUAGAAGAUUAGGAUCAGGUGAUGGUGAUAUGGAGAAGGGUAAUUUGAGAGUAGACGUAAAUGUCUCCGUCCAUCGAUAUGGUACACCUUUCGGAACGAGAUGCGAAAUUAAGAAUAUCAAUUCAGUCAGAUUCCUACAAGCUGCUAUAGAAUCAGAGCGACGUCGACAUAUACAACAUUAUCUCACAUCACCCAUCACGCCUAUCAAGCAAGAGACGAGGGGAUUGAACGAAUUAACAUUGGAGACGUUCUCUCUGAGGUCAAAAGAGGAAGCUAUGGAUUAUAGAUAUAUGCCUGAUUCCAACUUACCUGCUGUUGUCAUUGAUCCCGAGUACCUCUCCAGGUUGAGAACCGAAUUACCAGAAAUGCCGUGGCAAGUUGUGAAGCGAUUGACUGAUACGUGCGGCGUCCAGAAGAGAGAUGUGGAGACAUUGAUCGGAUUAGACGAGUAUGGGUUCGAGGGUAUACGGUAUUAUGAGGAUGUGAUUGGGGAGAAUAAGAAGAUUGCUAAGAAAGCUAUGAAUUGGAUCGUUCAUGAACUCCUCGGUCAAAUUGGAAAGUUAUCCAUUCCCUGGUCACGCACCCUCAUACCGUCAUCAUUGAUGCGAGAGAUGAUCCUGUUGAUUGAAGAUGGUAAAAUCACGGGAACGACUGGAAAAUCAAUUAUCAAACAUCUCAUCUGUGCCCCCGCUCCUUCUUCCAGCAAGGAUGUCACUCUUCAAGAUAUAUUAUCGAAUUUAGGAAUUAGUAUCAAUGAGAAUAACGAAUCAUCAAUUGAUAUCAAGAUGUUAUGUCAACAAGCUAUAAGCAACCAACCUAAGUCCGUCGCAGAUUAUAAAAAAGGGAAUGAAAAAGUCAUAAUGAGGUUGGUAGGUGAGGUUAUGAAGUUGAGUAAAGGUACGGCGGAUGCUAGGAAAGUGAAAGAAGAGUUGGUAGAGUUGUUAAAGGAUUGA